AAAUUGUCUGUUCCUGUUGGCCUUGGCCUUCAUCGCCUGGACUGUUUGCUGUUAUUUUCAUGAAAUCGAGGAACAGCUGGGCACCCAGGGAUUCGAUGUGGAGCUGUACUCAGAACACCCUGGCUUGAAAUAUAGUCAAUUGCCUUGCAAAAACAUCCCGAAAGCUGUUCCACAAACUUUUCCUACCGUUGAAUUAAUAUGCAGCUCUUUCAUUGUCUUAUGCCUGACAUAUACCUGGGUCAAGCUUUCGACGUUCUUGGUCGAGCGGACAGGUCAGUUUUGGCAGGCCAUGAAGCCGGAGGAGGAGGACAGGCAGGUGAAAGAGCAACUGAUGGAGCGACUUAACAGCUUGAAGGCCGAAUUUCAGAUGAUGAGUGAACUGCUGAAGCAGCACCAGCCCAGUGUUGAUUUGGAGCUACAGACCAUGGGCACCCUGGAGCUUCAGUCCCACAGUGGCCGUAGCUCUUUAGAGGUACAGAAAUGUGACAGUGGCUGCUCGGAGGUCCACCAACUGCCCAGUAGCAGUUCAUGCAGUAAUCACUGCAGCAAUGACGUCCCCAUCAACGAACUGUGGAAUCAAAAGAAUGACGUCUGCUCGAUACGUGGUACCCCCAGAUUGCCGGACGUACCGACGGUGGACCAGGACACGCAGUCUAAUUACAUCUGUACCAGCCAGAUCCACAUCGGUCCAAACAUGUUCGAUACAAAGCCCCUCAACUUGGAGCUAAUACGCCAGUCAAGGCUGUUCGCGAGGAAACCGAGUGUAUUCCUCCAGGUGUCUGAUAAUUUCAUUGCCGGACCCAGGGACAGGCCCCGGAUAGGAGGCAGCAGUUGCACAAUUGCCCUUCCACCGCCAAACAUGUGAGAAUGUGAGAGCAUUUGAUAAACCGAACUAAAUUUAAAAAUAAAAGGAAAGGUUUGGACUUAUUUAAAA